GCAAUUUAUCCGCGUUCUACUGAAGGCUCGUCGGUCAGAACGUAUCAGGCUGCACCGUCGACAAGAUGUGUGAGAACCGAAAGUCCGUGUUGUUCGCUUGCGCCCUGCUGCUGGUCGCUGGGUCUCUGUGUCCUGUGGUGCGUGGUGACGAGUUUGAGGAAGUGUUUCGCUGGAAGCUGCUCGAUUUUAACAACACCGAUACAUCAGCCGAAGAUGGAUCGGAUGGAGUUUUCUUCCCGGACGUGCCAGACGAUGCAGCCCCCGGAAUGGAGUCACUGAACGAAAGCUUCGUACCGUAUCAUAAUUUGCCAAUGGGGGUGACCCACCACAAGGGCCGAGUGUUCGUAACCGUGCCGAGACGGCGCACCGGCAUCCUGUCCACGCUGAACGUGAUCGUGCUAGACCAGGUGCCGGAAGGCGACAAGUCACCCAAGCUGAUCGCGUAUCCGAAUGCGUUGACCAACGAACUAAGGACCCCAUACCAGCCCGACCCGAAAAAGCUCAUCUCUGUCUACCGCACCCGUGUCGAUCGGUGCGAUCGGAUGUGGUUCGUCGAUACCGGAUUUCUCGAGUACCCGGGACACCGGCGACAGGUGCAGCGGCCCUCGCUCUGGAUCAUCGAUCUGCUGCAGGAUCGCAAGGUACGCCAGUUUGAAAUACCGGAGUCGAUCGUGCCCGAGGGUCACGGUAUGGCCAGCGUUACGGUCGAUUCGUCGAGCGACGAUUGCGACGGUGCGUACGCUUACAUACCGGACCUAGCGUACUACCGGCUGUACGUGUACAGCUUCCGGGACAAUCGCAUGUGGACGUUCAACCACCUGUACCUGUCGUUCGAUCCGCGCAUGACGGGCUUCAACGUGGCCGGUGUACGAUUCCGGUGGAACGAUGGCAUCUUCUCACUGGCACUCGGUCCGCAACGGUCGCAAGAAGAGGGACGCACGGUAUACUUCCACGCCAUGGCCAGCACGUCCGAGUAUCGUACGAACUCCCGUGUACUGCAGAAUGAAACGCUCGCCAAUGUCGGUGGGUACGAUCAUCUCUUUACGUACGUCGGUGAGCGGGGAAUCAAAACGCAAUGCACCAUACACCAGUACGAUCCCCAGACGGGUGUGAUGUUUUACGCAGAAGUGAACCGAAAUGCGAUCGGCUGCUGGAACUCGGCGCAACACUUCGAGCCGGAAAACCACGGCAUCGUACAACUGGACAAUCAGAACUUUAUCUAUCCAUCCGAUAUGACGCUCGACAGUGAUGGUGACCUGUGGGUCAUGACGAACGGAUUGCCAAGGUGGUUGUACGCAUCGCUCGACACUGAUGACUACAAUUUUCGCAUCUGGCGUCAGAAACCGGCUAGGGCGAUCGCAGGCACGAUAUGUGCUCCGGGUGCAUAAUCAACGCUGCAGUUGUAGAACACACACACAAGGGACACAAGGUUGUUGAUACGCAGACACUUCGAAGUGUUCGUAGGAUCAGUAUUUAACGAACUACGCUCGUUUGUGAUGGACAUUGCAGUAUCGCGAUUAGUAAGUGAUUCAGUAACUGAUCAGUGUGUAACGAGAGAUCAUCAGAUAGUGCAACGCAGUUUCUUAAGCGCUUUCUUCACAAUAAAACCAAUAAAAGUUUAAUUUCCAAAUCGA